GGAUGGUGGGUCCGUUUGCGCGCUCCCGCUUUGGAAUAUGCGCGUCAUGCUGAGUGACUGCUGACUGGCGAGGCAACAUGUCCACCACAGUCGCUGCUCAGCAAAACAACAACGAAGAACCAGGACUUAACGGGUCCUGGGUUGAACUAGAGAUGAAUGGAAACCCGCCCCCCCCCUCUCAGCUCCUGCAACUUGCAGCACACACCCCUGCCUUCCCCGACAACGGCAACGAGGGGGAGACAGUGCCCCCUGCUGCCCUGGAGGUAGUGCAGGAGGAGGAGGAGGAGGUUCUGACAGGAGGGCUGGAGCACGUGCCCUCCUCCUCCUCCAUCCACAAUGGAGACAUGGAGAUGAUCCUCCUCGAUGCACAGCACGAGUCCAGCCCAAGCAGCUCCUCCUGCAACAGCCCCCCCAGACCCCACAGUCCAGACCAGGACGACGGGCAGAUCACCUUUGAUGUGGACAUGCCCAGUGGCGGGGAGAGUCAGUCUGAGGACGACGCAGGGGAGAAGGACGGAGUCAGAGACGGAGACGGAGACGAGGACAUCCUCAUGACCAAGGAAGCAGACUGGGUAGCAGACUGGUCCAGCCGGCCUGAAAACAUCCCUCCAAAGGAGUUCCACUUCAGGCACCCGCGACGCUCUGUGAGUCUCAGCAUGAGGAAGACGGGAGCGAUGAAGAAGGGAGGCAUGUUCUCCGCCGAGUUCCUCAAAGUCUUCAUCCCCUCCCUCCUCCUGUCCCACAUCCUGGCCCUGGGCAUCGGAGUCUACAUCGGGAAGAGACUGGCCACACCCUCCACAAGCUCCUUUUAAACCCCCAACUACAACAGUGCCUGGACAUUCUCUCUCUCUCAUUCUUACGUACACACACACACACACACUCACACACAUCAACACACACAUUAUUGCCUGGACACUUUCUCUCUUAAACACACACACCACA